AAACAAAUAAAUAAAAAACCAAUGAAAUCCUUUAGCAGGAAACGUUGAAAGGUCUAAAAUGUUAUCCCUUCUACUUUAUCUCUCUUUCUCUCUUACAUAUACAUCCAUACAUAUACAGACACAACAUAUAUAAAUAUGCAGAUAAAAGACAUCACCCAUAGCUAGAUGAAAUUGUCUCUUUCAUGUGUGAGAUCGGUUAACGGUGACGCCAGAAGGCUCAACGUUUUUUCAGCAUGAGUGGGGAUGUUGAGAAAGCAUGGUGGGAGAUGUUGAAACAGACUGGUGGGGAUGUAAAUAGAAUGAUGAGAGAGAGAGAGAGAGAGAGAGAAAGUAAAGUUACGUGGAACUGGGACGUGGCGAGAGAAGAGGGUAUUAUCGAUUCGCCGGGGCUCGCGAGUUAACGGUUUGUUUACAAGACAGUGGAGGGGAAUAUAUGCGCGCAUGCGCUACGUGGCCAAAACAAUAAUAACAUAGUAGUAAAGAAGGUUCAUGGCUGAUGGACGAACGUGUGUGAUCAUCGUCCCGUUCCACAAGUAUAUAACAAACGACAGAGUUUGAUCUUCUUCUUUGUGUGUUUUCCUGUGUUUCUCUUUCUCUCUCUCUCUUUCUCUCUCUCUCUCCCUCUCUCUCUCUCUCUCUCUCUCAGUAUAUUACAUUAACAUUGUGUGUUGUUAAGAUAAAAAAAGAGAAGCUUUGUGUUAUCAUUUCUUUACUGUGUGAAUAUAUAUUCCAAAAUAUGAUUUAAUAUGUAGAAAGAGUAUACAUCAAUAAGAGAAUAGUUAGCGUUGAAUCGAUCCAAAUAGUAGAGUAAACGUGACGGUAAUAAUAAUAAUAAUAAUAAUAAUAAUAGAGAGAGUAAUAUUGAUGAUGAUGACGGCGAUGAUGAAGCUGCAAUGUUAGAAAUAAAGGACAAGGCAGGGUUCAAACACUGCUACUUUUUCCAAACAAAAUGUUUGAAUGUAUUUGAGAGAAAAUGAAAUAUUAUAUAAAAGUAAACUGAUAUAUGACGUAUACAGAAGGACAAUAUAUACAUGAAGCGUUACUCCUUUCGUAUUAAGCUUUGUAUUUCAUUGAUAAUAACAACAUUUUUACGGUGAAUGUACGAAGGAAAGAAAUCAAGAAAGGAAAAUUCAUUAAUUUUGAAAACAAGGAAAGAUAGAAAAGAAGAAAAAAAAGCGAAAGAGGAUAGAAUAAAUAUCGAGCGUGUUUAUCGAAUGAAUCACACUUUGCGGUGUCCAAACGUGCUUGAAGAAGGAUAGUCCUCAUCGUGAUUAAUGGUAGAGUGGUAAUAGUGGUGGUGCUACUGCUGGUUCCUCUCUGCUGGUACUCUUCUGGUGGUGAUGGUAAUUGCGCGCGAGCGUUCGAGCGCAUGGCAAUCGAAUCAUUGACGUGUACUUCAAGCUCCGGCAUAACAGAGCAACGUGAUCUCUCUGUCGCGUGAACUCCUACUUGUGUUUCUUCUACGUUAUAUAUAUAUAUAUACACAUACAUAUAUAUAUAUAUGUAUAUGUAUAAAAAAUACAUAUAAUAAGUGUGGGUACGUACGUAUGUAAAGAGCGAUAGAGGCCUUGUCACUUUUACGGUAUAUGGGCUAAAAAGUAAAGAGUACAUUGAUCGAUCCAAGCCACGCAACAAGAGAAACGUUGUGUGUGUGUGUGUAUGUGUGUGUGCGCCCGUGUGCUAUAUAUAUAUAUAUCUUUGUGUGCAAAUAGUCAAGGAGGCGGCCGGUCUCUGUUGUAAACAAAGAAUCGAUCCGAUCGUUGAGAGAAGGCAUAUAUAUAUAUAUAUACAUAUAUACAUAUAUAUAUGUAUAUAAGUAUCAGUAUCGACUAGUUUCUAUCAAAGUCAAUCUCUUUAAAGGAUUGAAAGGGAUUAGAAAAAAUAUUAGAAAAAGAUUAAUUACAAAGAGGAUUUCGAAAUCAUCUUCCAGAAUGCCAACUGCUCAAGAUACGACGUACCUGAUCGAAGUAAUGCCAGGAGAAACAACUCAGGAUUUUCUUUCUCGCGACGUUGAUCUUCUCGUAUCACAAAUCAAGGAGAACUUACGACUAAGCGGAUUGAAAGCUAAAUCGAACGUAGUUCAUAGAAAUCGAGCUACUCCUUAUCGGAUACCAUCCCAUUCUUCUUGGGCCGAUCCUAAUGGUUGCGAUAUUUGUGCUGCACAAAAUCGAACUGAAAAGUUGAACGGUGUUCAGCUUCAACAGGAACACGAUCAACAACUUCAUCGUCAGCCUGAACUUAGGCAGCAGACUCAUUAUCGUCAACAACAACAGCAACAAUGUUGCCACCGGUAUAAUCAUCAUCAUCACCGACAUCGUCAUCGUCGUCAUCAUCAUCAUCAUCAUCAUCAUCAUCAUCAUCAUAAUUGUUCCAAUAACGAUAGAGAAGAUGAUCCCUAUGAAUUUUUGCAAGAACUUUUACGAGAAGGUGGCUUGAUCAAAGAAGCAGUUAAAAGAUUACAAGCGAAUAUCGAUGAAUUGGAACGUUUGGAAAACGACCAACUCGAAGACGAUGAAGAUGAUGAAGAAGACGAUGAUGAAGAGGAGGAAGAAGACGUCUUGGAAGAUGGGAUGGUAUUGAAUGGUGCGAAGGAACGAUCGAGGUUGUAUCGGAGGAAACCUUAUUUCUAUGACUCCGAAGAUGAACCAUCGGUUUACGAGUCUGUGGACUUAUGAAAGAGAUAAAGAGACGAUCAAAAGUGUAGAAGAAGAAGUAAAAGAGAGAAUAAUAAUUAUAAUAACAACAACAACAACAAUAAUAAUAAUAACAAUAAUAAUAAUAAUAAUAAUAAUAAUAAUAAUAAUAAUAAUAAUAAUAAAGAAUUAAGGUUAGAGAAAAGGUUCGAUUGUUUCAAACUAAAUCAUUCUGAUUCAACAUAGAAAAAGAAGGCGCCAAAGAAUUUAAUUUGUUUUCUUUUCUUUUUUAAUUUAUUCGUUUAAAUAAUGUUUUCACAAAUGAUUGAAGGAAUCGUAUCUAAAAAUUGAAAAUAAAAUGAGUAACGGUUUUUUGGCGCUCUCCAAAUAUGAUGUGUAUACGUACGUACGUGUGUGUAUGUGUAUUUGUGCGUGCGUGCGUGCGUACGUGUGUGUGUGUAUGUAAACACGUUUACAGCAUAUUCUCCACUACGAAUGGCCGUGUUUGUAAAUACAUUGCCGCCAUUAUUGCGUACACCCAAUGACGGCAUCGGAAAACGAAGAUGAUCUUCGGCAAUGUUCGACUAAGAUCGGCUAAGGACGCACAGGGGCGUAUCGACGAGUCACGAGGUCUCUUACGUGCAACACAAACGUUAAUGACGAUAUUUUCUAGGAGUGGGGGAGAUUCUUGGAAAACCGUUGUUUUUCGACUAAGAGAGUGAGAGAGAAUGAGGGGGGCAUAAGGACAAACGAAGAUAAAAAAGGAAGAAUUAUUCUUCUCUCCGUGGUCCUUUUUUUCUUCGUUAUUCUACAUAUUCGCAACGUUUUUAUUUUUGUGUCGCCGGACAUAACGCAGUAAAAUUAAAAUUCGGUCGUAAGACAUUUUCUUUAUGCAAUCAUUCGAUCUUUUUUUUUUUUUUUUUUCUUCUUUUUUUGAUUCGUACUUCAUUGAUGAAACUUGAAUUAAAGUGAAUAUCAUUAGAAGUGUUACAGAGUCAAUACGUCAUUUGAAACAAUUAUGAACGUCCCUCCUCUCUGUUAUAACUUCUUUUAAUAAAUGAACGUUACGUUAAUAAACUCGACAUACAUAUACAUAAAUUCAAUUGAUUUAACGACGAAGAAGAAAACGUAUGUUUUUUAUUUUUUACUUGUCACAAUUCGUCAAGUGAAAACUGAAAAAGAAUAUUUUGUUUUUCGAAAGGAAUUCGAAUGAUACUUAAAAUAUCAUUGAAUUAAUAUGAAGUUGAGUAUCUCCUUUGAUACGUAUAUAUCGUUAACCACACACAACGUACACGUAUGCACCUGCACACACACACAUAUAUAUACAUAUAUGUAAGAACGAAAAAUGAGUAUCAUAUUGUGGAAAUAUGUAACGUUAUAAAAGUGUGUAUCAAAUGAAUAUAAUUUAAGUAACGAAGUGCAUCGAUAAAUGAGAUAUAUAUAUAUAUAUAUAUAUAUAUAUAUAUAUAUAUAUAUAUAUAUAUAUAUAUGUGUAUAUAUAUAUAUUCUCAUCGGCUACCUCCAGCGCAUUUCAAUACACUAAAAUAAUUAAUUGCAUCCUUCCUAGUAGAAAUAGAUAGAAUAAUAUACUAUAGGGAAGAAAGAAAAUUAAAAUUAAAAUUACGAUUGCAAAAUCCCUCACCAGCCCCCCACCAAAAAAAAAAGAAAAAGAAAGAAGAAAAAAUGUUGAAAAGCACGAACUUCGGUCAAAAAACUCUCCGACGAAUCUUUUUUUUUUUAUUUUUUUUUUAUUUUUUUAUUUUUUUUUUUUUUUUCAAAAUGAGAAAUGCAUACUCUGACGAACAAAAGAAGAGAAUACGAUCGUAUUAUUAUGUCAUCCUUUUAAAUCGAUUAUAAGAUCUCUAAGUUGAUUUUUAUUUCAUUAAGAUUAUCUUUUUUUCUUUUUUUGAGAAAGAGAAGCGAUCAUGCAACUUUUAUUACCGAAGCCGUUGCAUUUCUUCUAGAGUAUUAUGCGUGAUUAAGCUCGAUUGUGUGAAGGGACAUUUGGAAAAAUAUAAUUAAAUUAAUUAAUAAAUCAAUCAAGAAGGAGAAAAGGAAGAAGAGUGAAAAUCAAGAAAAUACGAUUAUAUUUUGCUAUGCAUGUUUUAGUGCAUAGUUAUUUACUUCUCUGCUAUGAAUUUUUUUUUUUUUAUAGGUUAGAAUACGACGCAAUCAGUCCGUAAUAGGGCAAAUCCCAUAGUGCGGAAUGAUUCAUAUCUCAUGUUAAAGGAAAUUGUUGAACAGGAAACAGUUCUAUAUGAAAACCGAUACAAUAUAAUCGAUAUUUAUAGCUGUAUCUCUCUUCAAUAUGAAUGUAGAAAUGUGUGGUUGUGCGUAUAAGGUGCUUGCGAGGCACUAAUGAAAGAAUAUAUGUUUUAUUUGAUGAAAUCGCCUUAGUUAGGUUAUUAAAGAAAAUUAAUAUGCUAAAUACUUUUGCGUAGUUGUGUGUUGGUGAUCAAAC